UUUAUUUUUCAGAGUUAGAGGAUAAGCAGCAGCGGACACGACAGUAGCCUCCCUGCCAUUGUUUGUGUGGAAAUGGUGUCACUUGCCACCACUCCUGCGCACGUUAGCAGCAACAACUACUUUCGAGGCCGAUCAACUCUCAACGCCAAACAGUCGUGUGUGCCUAUGACAGUGAGGUGUUCACUGCAACCACCAGUUAGAUUCCAUUACCACGAGAGUCGUCGAUCUCUGUCUAUCUCCGUCGCUCUCUCUUCUUUCCUUCUCACUUUUCCUAACAGUGCUCUUGCUGAAGGAAAUAUUUUCGAUAAAUAUGUUAAGAGAAAAAAACUCGAUCCUCUAGAGACGUAUGUGCCAGCUGUCAUACUUACACGGUUCCAGAUCAAGGAUUUGGAAAAAACAAUAGAGGGUGAUGAACCCCAGUUUGGCCUAUGCCGCUCUUUACUUCGUUCUGGACCUGCAGCAUCCCUUCGUGUAAACAUUCGCGCAAUGGCGCAGUAUGCAUUUGACAGUGGAAAUGGUAAAACUGCAUUUAACAACGUCGAUGAAUGUCUUAGGUCGCUAGAAGAACUUGAUUCCUUGCUUCUGCAUGCUUCAAGAAAGGAUCCUGAAGCCUCGGUCAAAUCAAUGAAAGACAAAAUCAAUACAGCGCUUACCGCUAUUGACAGUCUCUUACAAACUGUGCCUUCCGAUGUGCUAAGUAAAGGGAAGGUUAUAGCUGAUUCAUACAAAGACCCUGCUGAAGUAGAAACAGAUACUUCAGACCCUAAUUUAAAGCAAUUAGAAUCAAUACUAUGACUAGUUAAAAAAGCAUUUUCUUCGUCCAACACUUAAUUAUGUGAGUUAAAACCUUCAAACAUUGUGAACAUAUUUUUUUUAAUAAUU